AUGAAGCUGACCUUCAUUUCCAUCCUGCUCGUCCUCGUCCUCUCUACUGCUGUAGACACUUCGGCGCGCGGCUUACCCAAUCCGUUCCGUGCCCGACAAGACUUCGAUGCGCUUUCCGUGCGUAACCCGGACGGCGCGGUCCAUGUUCUUGAUCCGCGUGCGGCCGCACCUCCUACGGUUACAACGACACUCCUGAGGACCGUGACCGCCGUCGUUACCGCCACCGCUACGGCCACAGUCACCUCGGUCAAUACCGCGACAACUACAGCUACUGCCACCGCUACGGCUACAGUCACCGCGCUCCGUACUGUAACGGCUACUGCCACCACUAUCGCGACGACUACCGAAACCCAGAGCGCGACGGUGACCGCAGUGUCGAUUUCGACCGAGACGGCGACUGCUUUCGUGACGGAGACCAACACCGAAACGGAGACUGCGACUACGACAGAGACCGCAACUGAAGUCACUACAAGCCCCGUAACGCUCAUCCAGAGUGUCACCGAGACAGCGACCGAAACCGACACUGAGACGGACACGCUGGUCACAAUGGUCCCCACGACCGUCGUUCAAAGCUUCACCGAGACCGCGACCGCCACGGAGACCGACGUUACCAUCAUCCCUACCACGCUUGUCCAGUUCGUAACGAACACUGCGACUGAGACUCAGACGGUAACCGCGACCGUGUCUGCCGCCGUUCCGAGUCCCACCGCCGUCAACGUUUGUUCAGAGACAUGUGCGACAUCGUGCGUUCAGGCUGGGGGCUUCCGUCCCCUGACCACGGACUGCUCGAGCCUCAUCGGCACGCUCAACGCCGGCCUGACUAACGGUACGAACUCCGUGAUCAGCGUCGAUCCGGGACAUUCAUGGAGUGCGACCCACGGGUCCUGCCGCUUCGCCUUCGUCAACUCCGGGACUACGACGCUCGAGACCUGCCUCGUUUCGAUUCUGCGGUCUGCAUCGGCUUCGGUGAAUACGUGCUUCGGUUCGCUGCAGAAUCUCUUGGCCACCGAAGCUCUGUGCCUCGCCAACAGUGGCUCCUUUGAAGUCAGCGUCACACACUCCUAA